UCCCGGCGGGCGGUGCCUGCCCCCGCGGCGGCGGCUCGGGGCGCCUCGGCCGCGUCCCUGCGGCAGCUGGCGGCUGUCGCGGGCCAUGGGGGGAAAGAGCUUCCUCCUCGGCGUCCUGACCGCCAGCAUCCUGCUCCUGGCCGCCGCCUCGGAGGGUGCGGAGCCGCCGCCGAGCUGCGAGGCGGUCCGGAAAGUUUUCCAGCUGCGGCGGCUCGGCCCGCUCGGCGGCGUCCCCGAGUUCCCGCGGGCAGGUGUUGAUCUCCAGAUUUGUACUUCUGAAAAUCCAACAUGCUGUACCAAAAAGAUGGAAGAAAGAUAUCAGACUGCAGCAAAGCAAGAUAUACAGCAAGUGCUUCAAACAUCAAGUGCUACAUUAAAAUUUUUAAUAUCUCAUAAUGCAGCUGCUUUUCAAGAAACCUUUGAAAUGCUCAUCAGACUGGCUGAGAAUUACACAAGCACAUUUUUCUGCAAUGUGUAUAGAACCAUGGCUGCUGAGGCUGCUGUGCCUGUGCAGGAGUUUUUCACAGAUGUUGGGCUCUUCUUACUUGGCACAGACGUCAGCACAGAGGAAUUUGUGAAUAGAUUUUUUGACACCCUGUUUCCAGUAGUCUACAACCAUGUGAUUAACCCUGGUCCGACUGACAUUUCCCUGGAAUAUGCGGAGUGCCUCCGAGCGGCGAGAAGAGACAUCAGGCCCUUCGGCAACAUUCCCAAAAAGGCCAUAGGACAAAUGGGAAGGUCACUCCUACCCAGCCGGACUUUCUUGCAGGCUCUGAAUUUGGGGGUUGAAGUGAUCAAUACAACAGAUCACCUGCACUUCUCCAGAGACUGCAGCAGAGCUUUGCUGAGAAUGCAGUACUGCCCCCACUGCCAGGGGCUGACGCUGAGCAAGCCCUGCCUGGGCUACUGCCUCAACAUCCUCCGGGGCUGCCUGGCUGGCCUGGCAGAACUGGAUCUUCACUGGCAGGGGUACAUCCAGGCCCUGGAGGAGCUCUCAGGAGCCCUGAGCGGAGCACACGGCAUCGAGCACGUGCUGCUGAACUUCCAUUCCCUUGUCCGUGACGCUCUGGUACAGGCUCGGAUCAAUGGGCCGGAGUUAUCUGAGCAGGUGAAUAAGAUAUGUGGUCCUCCUGUAAGGAAGCCUAAACAGUCUCCAGGUUGCUCCUUGGAUCAAAACAAAGAUAAUCAAGGGUUGAAGAUGUUCUCCAGAGACAGUGAACAAACAUUCACCAACAGAAGAAAGGAGUUCAUCAGCCACCUGCGGCUCUACAGAGCCUUUUACGGCGGCCUGGCGGAUCAGCUGUGCGGGAACGAGCUGGCAGCUGCCGAUGGGCUCCCGUGCUGGAAUGGAGAAGAUGUUGGAACAAGCUAUACGCACCAUGUGGUUGGCAGUGGAAUCAAAGCUCAGUCUGCAAAUCCAGAAGUAAAAGUGAAGGGAACAGAUCCUGUAAUAAGCCAAAUUAUUGACAAGCUGAAACAUGUUAUUCAGCUGCUGCAGGGCAAAUCAUUUCCAAAAUAUGACAAAUGGGAUCUCCAACAAACAGGCAGUGGUGGAGGUGUAGAUGAACAAAUCAGUGGUGAUUGUGAUGAUGAAGAUGGCUGUGGAGGAUCUGGAAGUGGAGAAUUCAAAAGAGUCCUGAAAAUUACAGACCCAGGGAUGCCAGACAAGACGAGCCUCAGUGACGUAAAGCAAAUCCAUCAAACCAACGAUGGCAGCACUUUAGACACAACUGGAGCAGGAUGUACAGCAAUGGCCAAUUAUAUGACAUUUAUGCUGAUUAGUUUGGUAAUACCGUUUCUCAGUCUUUGGUAACAGCUUAUUUCUGGCUUGACAUAUGUAUCUCACUGUCAUCUAUUUAUCCCUACUCACAAGCCUGGAAUAAGGGAUCUGGUGAAUGUAGCAAUAUUUAUGGUAUCUUGCAGAAGAUCAGCUAGUGAUCUUAGCGCAGAAUAUUAACAAAAAGUUUUGUGCAAUAUUUUACCUGUUUUUGUUUAUUUUAACACCUGUAUAGCCAUAAAAAGUCAUGUUUUCUUUUUUAAUAUUUUAUUUUGAAAAUAAGUUGUUUAUGAUAAUCUUUCUCUUAAAAGCAAUUUGUAAAAAAAGAGUAUUACUAAGUUUGAAACUGUCUCUGGAGAUCAUCUAGACUCUGAUGCUCAUAGUAGACUCACUUCUUGCAAGUUUCCUAAGACCAAGUUCAGUUUACAUUGGAAUGUCUCCAAGGAGCGAGACUUUACUGACUCCCUGGGCUAAUGGUACUAGUGCUUCAACACUCCUAGCAGAUAUUUUUUAGCUACUGUAACUCAGUUUGUGCCUCUUGCCCAUUUUGCCCACUGAAUCCUGUCACAGCACCAAGAGUUUGUCUCCAUCUUCUUUGUUCCCUUUAUCAGGUAUUUACACAUCUUCAAAAGAUCCCACUCUGCAUCUUUUCCAGGCCAAACAGACCCAGCUGUCUCAGCCACUCCUUGCACAAGUUUUGUUCCCAUACCUUAAAAAUAUUCAUGCCCUUUGCAGGAAUCCAUCCACUAUGUCCAUGUCUCUCUUGUCACUAUCCUUGAGAGCUCAGACCUGAACAUAACAUUGUAGAUGUGUCUCACCAGUGAAGAACAGAGGGGAAGGAUGACCUUCUUUGACCUGCUGAUAUUUUUCUGAUUCAGCCCAGAAGUUGUUGGUUGUCUUUGCUGUGAAGGCACAGUUUGAGCUCUUUUUCAACUUGGUGUCCCUUAGGACUACAAGGUCCUUCUCUGCAAAACAGUUUUUCAACCAGCAGGCACCAGCCUGUACAGGUGUAUGGGGUUAUUCGUCCCAAGGAACUUUCUGAGAUUCCCAUCAAGCCCAUUCUUCAGUCUGUCAGGGUCCCUCUGAAUUCAGAAUUAUUUUUUUAUAGUUCAGAAAAACCUACAUGUUAGAUACUAUAUAUUAUAUGAUAGUUGAUUUUACCUAGGGAUAGCAUCAAUGUUAAGAUUCAGUGUUGGAUUAAGGUAUUUUAACAUAUAUGUCAACGUACAGAUAUUUACAUAUGUGUUUUUUAAGCUGUAACUGUAGUCAUUGGAUUCCAAAAUACCAACAAGUGCCAGUUGUGCUGCCUAAAAAAACCCCACCUGGUGUCCACUACUGUUCUGAAUGGCCUCAGGUCUUUCUCUGGGCAAGUGACCCUUUGUCAACACAGUCAGUGAAGCUCAGUGCAUUUUUCAGCUCAUAUAAAGGCAGAUACCCCAAAAAGCAACUCAGUUGCCUGAAAAGGAAUUACUGGUGCCACCUAAGAGUUCUUGGAGUAUCCAAGACAUUCUCAGGGGACUGGCAUAUAUGAUGCAGGACUUCUGAGAUGUUCCAGAGGCUUCCUUAAAUGGGAGCCAUGGGGACUGGCUGCUGGCAGCUGAGUGGGACAUCUUCAACUCAGACAGAUCUAGACAUUCCCAUGUGGGCCCAUGAAUCAUACACCAAACCUCCACCAAUAUUACUGGUAGCUUAGAUACCUGUUUGGAGUGGUGACACAUGAAUGUAAACCUGAAUCACAACAACCCCCAGCUCAAGUUCUUAUGCUUCAUAAAAUGAGGCAAGCAAAAUGUGCCACAGUACUAAUUUAUUAUUGUUAAAAAUUUUGAUGCAUCUGCCAUGAAUAAUUCUUGUGUCAUUUUAACCAGGAAGUAUUUAAGAAUAUUUUGUAGUUAUUUCUCCUGUAGAGCAUUUUACAAGAGGAAAAAACCCAAACACUACAGUAUUGUAUGUAUUCAUAUGAUAAAUAGAACUCUUUCUAGACAAAAAAUGUUACUCUUAUAUAAGACUAGUAUAAGGAAAUAUGCAUAAAUAUUUUUAUUCCCAAAUGUAUAUGUUAGUCAUUAACGUACACAGUAUAACAUCCAGUAUAAUAAAUAGGUAAACUGACAUAAAAGUUAGAAAAGCAUGUGAACAUUUCUAUGAACAAUUGUAUGCCCAGAUAAAUAUCAUUAUUAGGCGUCUGUGCCAGUGUGCACAUUUUCCUUGACCUCUUUUUUCCUUUGCAGAUGUUGCAAAUCAAUCUUUCAAAUUCACUUGUCUUGUUUACUUGAAAUUAUGACAUUGGAAAUUCAGGGAAGGAAAAUGUGAAUUCAUUAUUUUCCUUUGUAAUGUCAACUCACACUGGUAAUCAAUCCAGUUUGGCAACUUUAUUUUGAACAGUGACCAGUAUCAGUCAUUUCAAUGAAAAUGGAAUAAGGUUUUGAAAAGGAGACACAGAAAUGCAGAAAAAAAAUUCCACAAUUACUCAUUACUCAGAAUUUUAUUUAUGUCCUGAAGCACUUUCAUUCCAUUCCUAACUUUUGUGUGUUUUUCAAGACCUUACAAAGACAGAUAGUCCAGGAAGAGUAGUUUUUUCUAGAGAAUCUAGGAAAUAGGAGCCUCAUUUUCAAAUACUGAUAGUACUUAGUCCUAAGACCUCUUCAGGUAUAUGUGAAUUACUAGUCUGUAAUACUCCUUUCUUUUGGUUUUCUUGGCUUAAUCCCAUUAUCUUCAACAGUGUACCUACACAGAAUAACUUCUAAGAUUCCUUUUGGAGUGGAAAAUUAGUUUUCUCCUUCCCAGACACAAAUGAACAAACUAGUAGCAAUAAGAAUAAUAGUGUCAGGUCUGGAGAUUUCUCACUCACUACACUGCCACGAGACCUCAUUCACCCUCCCAUUCCAUCCAUCUCUAGGCAUCACCACGCACUCCACACCAUUGCUCAGAGUCAUACAUCUGCCAGGCUGCAUCAAGACUUUCUCAUUAAAUCUACCAUGCUAUGAAGUAAUAUUCUAGUUUCUUAAAGAAGUAUUAUAUAAUCUUUAAAACUGGUCAGAGCAAGAAGGGAGGCAAGGUUCUUUGAUGAUCUGUCCCAAGGUCACCCUGCAAUGGAGGUACCAUUGCAUGAAACUUUGGAAACCUGCAGAAUUUUGUAUAACUCCACAUUUGGAAGGCUGGGUGGUAAAAAAAGACCAAAAAGCCCCGAUGUUGCUGUGCUAUGCUAAAGCAAACAAUGGAAAGGGGAAUGGCACUGAACAGAAACAUGAAGAAUUAUUUAGAAUAGCCAAGAUGAGAAACAGGAAAAAAAGUUAAGCUGGAGAUUGUGGUAAUGGAGUAUAAAACCACCUCCAUCCACAUGAAAUGGUGGACUUUUCACAGCAUGUAUGUGAGUCAAUCUGGGUCAAUUGCCUGGGCAUUUCCCAACAUGAGGUCGCACAGGCUGCACAGGGCUGCCUCUGAGCUCCUCAGAUGACCUCAGAAAUGACACGUAAAUCUUGUUUACUCUGCUUCCUUUCAUUUGCUUAUACUGGGGCAUUUUUAACAUCAGAAUCUUCUCUGUAUUUCCCAGAACAUCUGGUAAAUAAGAUUUUGCCUUUAUUUUGCCUUCUUUUAAAUAAACUUUUCAUGUAUUAUAACUGUUGUGGUUUAAAAUAGGAAUGCUUUACUCAAAGUGCACUAUUUCUCAGACAGACACUCACUCAAAGACUGAUCAUACUAAAAUUGCAAUAUUA